UGUUUCAGCAGUACUUGAAAGUGAAAAGAGGACAUUUGUGAUACAGGGAAAGUCAGAAUUGAUCUUUUUUUAAAUGUGGUUUUUAAGCGACUUCAAAUAUACAGUUUAAAAAAGUGUUGUAAAAUUCAAAAUAGCAGAGUGUGGAGCUCCAACCUGAUUAAACAGCCUAAAUGAAGUCUUGCCAAUCAGACUGUCUCUGUGUGAUUCUUCUGCUUCUCCUCCAGACGUCUGUGUCAAGAUCAGAGAAAUUCCAGGUUCUUGGUUCAGGUGUUCCUGUUGUUGUGUCCCCGGGUGAAGAUACUGUCCUGCCCUGUUACCUCUCACCGGACAUCAGUGCUGAGGACCUAAACAUCAGGUGGUUUAGAGGCGAAUACGAAGCUCCUGUGUGUUUGUAUCAAUCUCAGAAAUAUAACACUGAUGUACAGAACCCAGCCUACAGGGAGAGGGCUAAUCUCUUUCUGCAUGAGCUCCAUAGAGGCAACGUUUCUUUAAAGCUGAAAAAUGUGAGUCUCUCUGAUCAUGGACUGUAUAACUGUUUGGUGGAGUCUGUGGAACAUAAUGGAGACACUCUUAUUGACCUGGUUGUAAGAGAUGUUUCAGUUUCUCUCCACUCCCCUGGAGAGAGUCAGACCCAGCUGCUGUGCAGAGCAGAGGGCUGGUUCCCUGCACCUGCAGUGAUGUGGAUAGACAAGAAUGGAAAUGAGGUGCCAUCACUGCCCAUUACAGAGGACAGCAACAGUCAAGGGCUCCUCAGUAUCAAAAGCUACAUUCCAGUUAAACAGGAGUCUAACAUCUUUUCCUGUCUGGUUAGAAGCACACAGCCCAUGGCAGACUGGGAGUCUGAGCUCCACAUACCCAGAGACUUUUUCCCUGGACCCUCUGGAUGGAUGGUGGCUCUCUUUAUAAUAUCAGCUGUGACUGUAGCAGCAUCUGUGCUUCUGGCGAUCCAGUGGAGAAGAAUGGACAGGGAAGAGAAACGAGUUGUAUAUCAGUUGCUGUGCAGUGCUGCAGCUGAUUUGACUCUGGACCCUGACACAGCGUAUUGUUCUCUCACACUGUCUGAGGAUGGGAAGAGAGUGCAAAAGGGACCGUGGAGCAAUUUCCCUGACAAUCCCCAGAGAUUUGAUUCCUGGGCCUGUGUCCUGAGCAGGGAGGGUUUCUCCUUCGGGAGACACUACUGGGAGGUGGAGGUGAAUCAAUACUGGAGAAUAGGAGUCACUAGAGAGUCUGCAGAGAGGAAAGGAGACUUCAGUUUCUCUCCUCAGGAGGGGUACUGGAUGUUAGAAUACUGUUCUUCCCACCUCAAAGUGCAUCCCAAGACGUUAGGGGUGUGUGUGGAUAUUGAGAAGAGGAAGGUCUCCUUUUACAAAGUAGAGUCUAAGACUCAUAUCUACACCUUCACUGACAUGGUCUUCAAUCAAGGGGAGAAAAUCUAUCCUGUCUUCUGGACCUGGGAUUAUAAAGACCUUGUGCUGCUGCCUCCUGUCAGAUGUGAAUAUUAAACAAAUCUUACGAACUCAUCACUAACAGCUACUGUAUGUCUCAAUAUUAAUACGUUUUAUCACUGUUAUUGUUUUCUGGUGUAGGGGUGAUGGGUGGGAUAGGACUGCAGAAAACGUCCGUACCAGGAUUGUUUUCAACACUGUAGAUUGUGAACAUCAUCAUUUCAAUAAAGAAUGACUAAUAAUGAAACAGUA